AAUGGCUUUCUCAUUCGUUAUAUUUUACCAUUUCUUAUUGACAGUACAUCACUGGACAGGGUGUUUCAUGGCCACUUUGAGGACAGAGUUCGUCCCUAUAUUGACCUGAUUGAUUCUCUGAGGCAGCUUGGUGUUGAAGAAGAUUUACCUCUACCAAGUAUAGCAGUGAUUGGAGAUCAGAGCUCUGGGAAAAGUUCAGUGUUGGAGGCUUUAUCUGGAGUUGCUUUACCCCGAGGAAGUGGUAUUGUUACCAGAUGUCCUCUGGAGCUGAAGUUGAGGAAGAUCAAAAAUGGAGUUCAGUGGCGAGCUACCAUAUCUUACAGCAAUGUGCAGAUUGAGUUUGAUAACCCUGCACUUGUUGAACGUUAUGUUAAAGAAGCCCAAAACAAACUGGCUGGAGAUGGAGUUGGAAUCUGUGAUGAGCUCAUCACACUAGAGAUUAAGUCUCCUGAAGUGUGUGAUCUCACACUGAUUGAUCUUCCUGGGAUCGCCAGAGUUCCUGUGAAAGGUCAGCCUGAGGAUAUUGGAGAUCAGAUAAAGAAUCUCAUACAUAGGUUCAUUAGGAAGGAUGAAACCAUCAAUUUAGCAGUGGUUCCAUGCAACGUUGACAUUGCAACUACAGAGGCACUGAGAAUGGCACAGGAAGUGGACCCUGAAGGAAAAAGAACACUAGCCAUUCUCACUAAGCCAGACCUUGUUGAUAAAGGAACAGAGAAAAACGUUCUGGAUGUUGUCAGAAAUCAGGUUAUCUCUUUAAGCAAAGGAUACAUCGUUGUUAAAUGCCGUGGCCAGAAGCAGAUUGAUGAGAAGAUCUCUCUGGAUGAGGCUACUCGAGUGGAGAGAGAUUUCUUCAAACAUCAUGAACACUUCAGUUGCCUUCUGAAGGAGGAGAAAGCCACUGUUAAGUGCCUUGCCAGCAGAUUGACUCAGGAACUGGUUGACCACAUCAAAAAAUCCCUGCCUGUGAUGUUGGAGCAGGUAAAUAAGCAACUGUGGGACCUGAGAAAAGAGCUGAGUCGUUGUGAUGGUGGCCCACCACUGGAUCCACAGAAGAGGAAGGUCUUUUUUAUUAGUAUCGUGAUGAAAUUCAAUGACAAGAUCAAUCACCUGUCACGUGGAGAAGUGAGUAACAGUGACGACAACUUGUUUGUUCAGCUCCGGGCAGAAUUCAAGAAGUGGAUGGACCAUCUUGACAGUACAGAUUCAUCAUUUUAUCAGACGGUCCAGAACGUGGUGAAUGAGUAUGACCAGAAACACAGAGGAAGAGAGCUGCCUGGCUUCAGUGAUUAUAAUGUGUUUGAGACGGUGGUGCAGAGGCUUGUGAUGCAACUGAAGGGACCAGCCAAUUACACACUCAUGCUCAUAAGAGAGAAAAUCCAGAAAUGUUUCUCAGAUGUGUCCAAAGAAUGCUUUAGCAUGUAUCCUUUCCUCCAUUGUGUUGCAACAAACAAGAUAGACAACAUUCAGUCAAAGCAAGAAGCCAAAGCGGAGCAGAGGAUCCUGGAGCAGUUUGAGAUGGAGCAACUGGUCUACACACAAGAUGACAUCUACUUCAAAAUCUUAAACCAGGCAGAAUUUGCUGAGGACAAAAAGAAAUCUGAAGAUAAAAAGAAGAAAAAAGGUUCUAGCUUCGACAGCAAGAGCAUGUUUCCUAAAAUGCUGAGGACCUAUUAUGAGAUCGUAGUGCAGCGAUUGGCCGACCAGGUGCCCAUGCUAAUACGGUACUUCAUGCUAAAGGAAUCUUCUCAGCUGCUUUGCAAAGAGAUGCUGGGGUUGCUGGAUGGAGCCAAUGUUACUGAGGUUCUCCGUGAGGAGUCAGAGAUCAGCAGACUCCGCAUUAACAUGCAGAACCGUGUAGAGCGUCUCACGGCCGCUCAAGAAAAACUCAGUAACUUUGUUUAAGGAACCACUAUCAGAAUACUGUGCCUUUUGGUUCUCUUAACGCAAAACACUAAACAUCUAACUAACUUAGCCACAUCUACAGGGGUUGGACAAUGAAACUGAAACACCUGUCAGUUGGUGGCCAAUCUUCAUUAAUUGCUCAUUGUACCAGUAAGAGCAGAGUGUGAAGGUUCAAUUAACAGAUUUUGCUCAAAAUAUUGUAAUGCACACAACAUUAUGGGUGACAAAAAAAAAAGAGUUCAAAAAAGGACAAAUUGUUGGUGCAUGCCUGUGCAAGCCUUUGUGAUGUAUCAAGAGACACGGUAUCCAGGGUAAUGUCAGCAUACCACCAAGAAGGACCAACCACAUCCAACAGGAUUAACUGUGGACGCAAGAGGAAGCUGUCUGAAAGGGAUAUUCGGGUGCUAACUUGGAUUGUAUCCAAAAAACAUAAAACCACGCAGAAUUCAAUGUGCACCUCAACUCUCCUUUUUCCACCAGAACUGUCCGUCAGGACAAUAAAUUAUUGUGGUCUAAAACCAGGUGUUUCAGUUUCAUUGUCCAACCCCUGUACGUUUUCUUUGUUCACCAAAAAACUGACUAAAUUAAUCAAUUACUUUCUAAUCUAAGUAUGCAGUAAAUCUCUUAUUUUUCUUUAGCAAAAAUCUUUAUCAACUUUAUGCUUAGCUUUACAUAUUUUGUAUUUCUACUUCAAGUAGAUGACGACAGGAGUGAAUGAAAACUUUGAAUAAGAUUAGGUUUAAUUUACCUUAUGUAUUACAAUAUGUAUUAGCUUGCUAGCUGUUGAUGCAUUACUAUUUUACUUAGAUAAGUCUAAUGUAAUGUAGUUAGCUUAGCUCUUUGAUAGGCUUUUUAGCAAAGAGGUUAGCUUGGCUGAUAGUUCCUGUUUUAUUUGUGCUAGUUGUCCACUUAUAUUUUUACUUCCCAUCUCUUUUCCCGGCUCAGACCCGUCUUUGUUUGUUCAUCCCUGCCUCCUAGUGUUUUCCACGUAAAUCCAUGUGAUGCUCACUCCCCUGACCUGAGCUUCUCCCCUCUUCACCACUUCCUUGUCCCUUUGGCUGCGUUCACAUUACCAGGCUGAAGUGACUCAAAUCUGAUUUUUUUUUCAUGGCUAUGUGAACGUGCCAAAUCCGAUUUUUUUCAAAUUAGAUGAGUCACUACCAAAUACGGUACUACAUCGGAUACGUAUCCGAUCCAUGGACAUGCAGCAUGAAUGUAAAUGGUCAAAUUGGAACUCCUGCAUCUUUUUGCUUUUGUGCAUGCGCUACGUGCUUCUCUCUCGUACCCACACAUCUCUUGGUGCAGCUGCGCAGCUAUAGCUGCAAAAACAGCAAAAGCAAACAGCCUGGUCUUUUUUCACCUCCUUGACCUGAGCAUAAACUUCAGACCAGCUGUUUACUCUCCACUCCAGUAAAAGAUGCUGCACAUAUGAGCUGCUAACACAUUUAUUUCACCUUUAUAAAGCUUCCAGUAGUCUAUCAAAUAUAUUUUUUUUGUAGGUGAAGGCAGCAACGUUUACCAAGGUGCACGCGAGACAUUUCAGGGACAGAUUUGUACACAUUACACAGAUACAGGUCAGUUAUAUUUGUGAACGUGAACCAUCAAGAUAGCCAAAAUAAAAUUCUGAUUUGAGCGACAUGGCUCAAACAUGUGAACGCCUUUGUCUGUUUGUAUAUGGUCAUCCAAAGUAAGUCUUGCAAUUGUCUUGUCUGCUAAUUGUCAGUCAUAAUAUUGUCCUUUUAUUUUGCACUUUAGUCUUUUUUUCUCAUUAGCAUUUUUUUUUCUUUCUGAUCAUUUAUUUUAUAAAAAGAUGCUUUGUUUCAACUCCCUCUGCCUAUAAUUUUAAAUGCUUUUUUUUUUUUGGUUUUAAUCAAACAUUUUGUUGCAUCUUUAGUUUAAACACUCCCAGUUGUCAAACACACCAGAACAGUAUUAUUUAGUUCUUGAACAUGGUAAAUGUCAGUACAGUACAAACUUUUUUACAAAUUCACUUCGGUUAUGCUUCAAUAAAAGUAUGUUUCACCA